AGAAAAGCGAACGUACGUACGGUUUGGUUCCGGCAUUUGUGUCCUUGAGGUUUUCGGCCGAUAUACGAAAUUCAUCAGAUAUUCGUCCGUCGUCGUCUCAAAUCGGUGCUAAACCCUGUAUUUGUAAUCAUUGUCGACUGCCUCUGCACGUUAGCCUCGCUUAAGAGUUGAAUUGUCAGUGAUAUGAUUUCUCUACGUUGGUAACAAUUUUUGUUCGAAUGAUGCGUAGCUCAAAGAGAACGAAGAUUGAAGAGUGUCAAAAUGAUUGGAUUAGUCAGCUUCCGGAAUCUGUUCUUGUUGACAUUCUUUCAUAUUUACCAACAAAGGAUGCUGUAAAGAUGGCAUUGAUUUCAAGAUUUAGGAAUCUUUGGACGUAUAUUCGUUGCCUUUCUUUUGAUGAGUGUGCAUAUCAUGACCACAGCAGUGAUGAUGGUGAAAAUUAUGAUGGUCCACACUAUGAUGAAAGUUUCCUAAAUCUAAUUCGUCAUGUCUUGAUACUUCAUGAACGUACUACAAUUGAUAAGUUUCAUCUCAAAUUUGCUUUCAAUUUGUUUAAUGUUAUUCAUGAUGAUCAUUAUAAUUCUGAUGGUUAUGCAUCUAAAGAGAGACGAAUGGCAAGUGAGCUCACAACAUGGAUUAAAUUUUCUUUGAGGAAACAAGUUAAGGUUCUUGAUAUUGAUUUAUUAGGAUGCGGUUUGUCAGAGCCAGAAGUAAAUUAUGAACUGCCUAAUAGUAUUUUAACUAAUAACUAUCUAAAGGAGCUCAGUUUGACUGGCUGUGGAAUCGAGGAUAAAGGGCGUAUUCAGCUGAUGUCUCUCACUAAGCUUUCACUCAAGGAAAUAAUGUUGAGUGACAAGAUUAUGAGUGAAAUCAUUAUAGGAUGCCCAAUGCUUCAAGAACUUUCUCUCGAUGGAUGUUUUCUGGUCUUCGUAAGCUGAAGUUGUCUACUUCUAAUAUCAAGAG